CAAGAACCAGGAAUAGCCAAGCUUGCCAGUAGCUACAAUAAUCUGUGUCUGCAAAUUGUAGGCCUCAUACACAAGGGAAAAGCUCCUCAGGGGUCAAUAGCCCCACUCCUGAUCCCAAGGGACUCUUUGUUUGAACUGGAUGUGGAUGAUGAUAUUUGGCAGGAUAUUGGCCUUGGGGAUGAUUCAGAUGGGUUACUACCCCCAUGGUUAGCUGAUGAAAAAGUGCACUCAGGGAUCAGAUCACUCCUUGAGCUGAGGUGUUGUGAAGAAGAGGAAAGGUGCCUAUUGCAGGAAAGAAGAGCUUUGACAGAGUGGUUUUCUGAAGAGUGGGGUCAUGUGCAGAAAACCAGACAGAGUGCUGGUAAGAGACAUGUGUAA